CUGACACGGUGGCUGAUAUGGGGGGAGGUGACAUCACACUCCUGGUGACCUCAACGGCGUCGGCGGAUUUGCGCUAUUACGUUUGUGGCUCUCGGCACUUCUUUGCCCGACACGUUUGCCUCCAGAACGGCUGCUAUGCAAGACCCCACAGCUGACAAUAGCAUUGGCAACGUCACUGGGAGCAACUCCGUCAACGUCUUCCUAGGCCUUGGGUUAUCAUGGUUCCCUGCCGCCGUAUAUUGGGAGUUCAACGGAGAGGACUUUGAAGUGGAUGCAGGUUCGCUUGGACCAAGCGUCGCAGUGUUCUGCGGCUGCGCCCUUGCCUGCAUCGCUCUCCUGCUCGUCCGGCGGUGGGUGGUUGGAGCGGAGCUCGGGGGGCCUGUCUUCUUCGCAAGGGUUUCAAGCGCUUUCCUCGUUUCGUUGUGGAUUAUGUAUAUUGUCUUGUCCGUCAUCAUUGAGGAGUCAGCUUGAGCUUGUUUUUGACGGCCCUCUUAGGCUUUGCUUGCUGCGAUCAGUUUUCUGCCUACUCCGUGCAGUUAUGCUUGGGAGUCCGUAGGCCUUGUCAGGGCUCGUUUCACCUUAUGUGUUUUUGACUGCACCCCCGCAUGCCACACUCCGUGCAUCCUCUUAGGGGAUUGCUCGGCCGACCCAGCUCUUGAUGCAAGCACGGCCCCUGUAAAACUGGCUAUGCUAUGUAGUUUCGCAGCUGCAUCAUGGUUCCCCGCCGCAUGGCGGGGCGGGCAUUUGUGGCGCUGAUGCGCUUCCGUGCAUUGCCCGGUCCCCAGACGGUGACCGUUCAGAGUUCCGUUCGGCUCUCAUUUUCCCUUUUCCCCCUCGUCCUUCUCCUGCCCAGGUCUGGGAGCAUUUUCACAGGUUUGUGGUGGUGAGCGCUUCGUUACGCUUAUGCCUAAAACACAUCAUCCGCCCAGCCUGCUCCACAUCUUUCGGAGGACUUUCAGCUGUUCGGUGGAGGAUGAGCUAGGAACUCGCGUGCAUCAAACUCAGAUCGCAUCGUGAUACGGGCCACUUGUUUUCGGAAGUGGCUCGUGGCUCCUAAGCUGCUUCCUCAUGCUCUCCCUCGGGCGCAGCCUCGUUCUCUGUUGCGGGUGCCAUAGGGCAAGGCGUUGGCUGCGCGAGGUGCAGGCCGUCGUCGGUCGCAAACCAUUUCAGCACAGCGCACCCUUGCACGUCUGACCUGCUCUCGGCGCUUUUUGAUCCACCAGUGCGCUGGUCAAGGAGUCUCGAAGCAGAUGCUGACUUCGCCAUCUCGCACCAUGUCCUACCGACAACGGCACCUCUGGAUGAUGAGAUUUUUGUUGGGGGGAUGGGUGCAGCUUUCGUUUAGUGAGUGGCGUCGGAUCGGGUUCGCGAUCCGUCACUGUAACGGUCUCGUUUUGCUUCUACCGAU